GGUGUCGUCCCUUUCGCUGAUGCAAGAACCUAGUGCGGUUGUGAGAGCGAUAUCUGUAGGAACGGCGUUGCCGCCAAGGCCUGGGUCUGAACCAUCUGACUUCCUGUCCGUGUCGAGCCCACUCGAUCUGCAGCCAUGUCGGGGGAUGAGAUGAUCUUUGAUCCUACUAUGAGCAAGAAGAAAAAGAAGAAGAAGAAGCCUUUUAUGUUAGAUGAAGAAGGAGAUGCCCAGACAGAAGAAACUCAGCCCUCAGAAACAAAAGAAGUGGAGCCGGAGCCUACUGAAGACAAAGAUGUGGAAGCUGAUGAAGAGGACAGUAGGAAAAAAGAUACUUCUGAUGAUCUAGAUGACUUGAACUUUUUUAAUCAAAAGAAAAAGAAGAAAAAAACAAAAAAGAUAUUUGAUAUUGAUGAAGCUGAAGAAGGCAUAAAGGAUCUUAAGAUUGAAAGUGAUGUUCAAGAGUCAGCUGAACCAGAAGAUGACCUUGACAUUAUGCUUGGCAAUAAAAAGAAGAAAAGGAAGAAUGUCAAGUUCCCAGAUGAGGAUGAAAUACUAGAGAAAGAUGAGGCUUUAGAAGAUGAAGACAGCAAAAAAGAUGAUGGUAUCUCAUUCAGUAAUCAGUCAGGACCUGCUUGGGCAGGCUCAGAAAGAGACUACACAUAUGAGGAGCUACUGAAUCGAGUGUUUAACAUCAUGCGGGAAAAGAACCCAGAUAUGGUUGCUGGAGAGAAAAGGAAAUUUGUCAUGAAACCUCCACAAGUUGUCCGAGUAGGAACCAAGAAAACAUCUUUUGUCAAUUUUACAGAUAUCUGUAAACUAUUGCAUCGUCAACCCAAACAUCUCCUUGCAUUUUUAUUGGCAGAACUGGGUACAAGUGGUUCUAUAGAUGGUAACAACCAACUUGUAAUCAAAGGAAGAUUUCAACAGAAACAGAUAGAAAAUGUCUUGAGAAGAUAUAUCAAGGAAUAUGUCACCUGUCAUACGUGCCGAUCGCCGGACACAAUUCUGCAGAAGGACACCCGACUUUAUUUCUUACAGUGCGAAACUUGUCACUCUCGAUGCUCUGUUGCCAGCAUCAAAACCGGCUUCCAGGCUGUCACGGGCAAGCGAGCACAGCUCCGUGCCAAAGCUAACUAAUUUGCUAAUCACCACUGAUUUUCAAAGUGUGUUGUGGAGAUUUGGCUGGACAGGUUUACCACCAGAGUGGAUAUACCAUUGUAUUAAAAGCAAGAUAGAAAAGCUGCCAGAUUCUUUGGCAUGUGGUUGGUUGGCCUGUGAAAUCCUUGCAAGAUGCCGAUGCUCAAGCUGUUGACAUACUCAUUGCCUACUUUAACAACUGUCAGAGAAACGUGAUGGGGUAAGGAGGUGCUUUUUUAAAACCGUUCAUAGACUUCUGUAAAAUGCAAGAUAAAUUAAAAGUUAUUAUAACAGUGA